UUGAAUCUUCAUGAAUAAUUUGCUUCCUUCAAAAAGCGCGAUCGUUUUUUCUCAGAACCUGAUGAGCUCAUGAUACUCAAUCUAGCCGGCCGGUAGAUUCGAUGACGUCAUGUAGUGCUCUUUGAUUGGUCAGUUCAGUUGUGACGUCACACUCCAGGCCGCGGUAUAAUGUGUUUGCUAGGUUCCCACUCGACUUCAGCGCAUCAGUUUUGUAUGUGAUUCUCAACUUGUAGCAUCAAUUUUUUUAGCAAAAGUGAAAAUGCGGUGUGUUUUGUUCCUCUGCUUGUCUGUGGUGUUGGGAUUGGCUGCCGGUUAUCCACAGAGGCCACCCCAGUACGACGUGCCCUACCACCUGUCCCCCUACAACCCGUUCCACUCGGCGGACCCGGCCCGGAGGCACAGGGAUCUCGUCGACGAUGAAUCGCCGGAGUCCGACUCAUCCUACGGUCAGCGCGGCUUCGCUCGCCCGGACUUUGGACUCUCCGACUUCGACACGCCAUAUUCACCAUCCUUCUCUGGCAUGAUGAGUCAGAUGCAAGAAAUGAUGGUUCGCCUGCGUCAAGAGAUGAACGAAAUCCUUCGCCGUCUGCCAGCGAGUGGCUCAGAUGACGAGAGCUCUCUCAUCCCCUCCACGAGUGACGCACUCGACCUCAGCAAUGCCCAGAACAAGACUACUUAUAGAACUGAGCUAAUUGACGGUCAAGUGUACAGCAUCAACGAAACGGUGAUCAGAAGCGGAAACGACGAGGUGGGAACCAUCCUCCGCGUGAAGACGAUCCGCGUGGUCCCCAAUGAGGAUGUGCCUACCUCGGACGGUGACCACGACCUCUACCCGACCACCGUCAGGACGGACGCCGACUCCACCCAGGAACAGGAAAGCGGGGAAGUCGUGCCAGCCACCAGGAACGCCAAGAACAACAAUAAUUACAACAACGACAACAACGAAAUACCUGUUGAAAAGAUGCAGCUACCCUACCGAUCAGCUGAUCCCGAUCAAGUUGAACAACAUUUUAACGAAAUCCAGUCGAAUGAAAUUCCAACCAGUGAUGCGGCCGAUGAAACUGACUUGGAUGAACCUCACAGUCUGAGCGAUGAUAUCGCGGUCAACUACAUUGCAGCCAAUAGGAAGCGAGGAUCCAUCAUGAUGAUUCCCUCCGAUGUUGAACUCAUCGGGGUUGAAGCUCCUCAACAGAACCAGUAUUAUAAGUAUGAUUUGGACGCUGACAGCCAGGUGCCUGCCCUUGAACCAAUCGCUGAAUCUAUGGAUGAGGUUGAGGAUGUUGAACUCAGAGAUGAGGAACUACCUUAAACAAUCAUCUAAACACAACCUUCGAUGAUUCAGACACCAAAGUUACAGAAAACAAAAUAUUGAAUAAAAUUAUCCAGAGCUUUAGGGGUACCGGUGAGAAUUAUGUUGAGCUCAGAGAUAAAGAAUUAUCAAAAACACAACCUUGAAAUAUUUCGAUGACUCAGCCAUCAAAGUUACAAAAAAA